AUGAGUGCUUCAACACUUGCACCAGAGAAGAUGAAAUCUCUUUUUGGUGAUUUGGGUAAGGCGACUAUGAGAGGUGUUAGAAAAUGUCCGAAGUGUGGAACAUUUAAUGGCACACGGGGAGUUAGUUGUAAAAAUAAAACUUGUGAUGCUGUCUUUAAAGAGAAAGAAAGGAAAAGAGGACACAGUGCUGAAGCAGUUAAAAUAAUAACUGGUUCCACAGUUCAGGUAUUUUCUGUUAGAUUACGUGACAGAGGACCUGAUUAUAGAGGAUUUGUACAGUUACCAUUAGUUCAAGAUUUAGAUGGUAACCCAGCUACAGUUGUGGACACCUCAGUGAUUGCUGGUGCUGCUAAGUGCUAUGUUGACACUUGCGUUAAAUUAUGUUUACCAGAAGAAGCAGUGUGUUCACAUAUAAAAUCAGCUAUUGAGUGCAUUCACGAAGCACAGCCGUUAACUCUUAAAAACUCUGUGUUAAAUACAUUACAAGUGAACAAUGACAUGAAACAGGCUAUUUGGUUGCUAGCUACAGAAACUACUGGACCACUUGUUCAGCGUGUGACUAAAAAUAUCAUGGUUGUCAAAUGUAAACCUACUUUAAAACAACCUAUGGGAUUCUUACACUUUUCAUUUUAUGAAAUAAACAGAAAUAAAUCUGAUCAUCCCGAAUAUAAGUUUCAAUGUAGUUGUAAAACAUUUAAGAAUUUUAAACACAGCGUAGUUAAAGAUGAUAAUUUAAGACGGUGUGUUCAUUUCUAUGCCUGUAUUUGUGCAUUUGCUAGUGAUGACAAAUUAGCAGAAGAAUUUGCCUAUUUUAUUAAUUUAGAUAAUAACGAUAUUAACACUGAACCUCAAGUUUUAAAUAUUUAUCCAUCAUCUGAAGUUUCUGUAUCCACAACUGACCCCUGUCCAUUAGAAAUUAUGGUUAUGGAAGAAGAACUCUUAGGUGGACCAUCUGGUAAUACUCUUUUAACAUUACAAGAAGCGUAUGAUUCUAUAACUAAUAAAAAAUCUAGUCCGGCUAAAAUCACCAAAUCAUCACACCACACACCUAAAAAACCUGUACCAACAAUAGUAGAUGAGACUCAAGUUACUUUAGGUUUUAUACAAUGGUUAUCUAGUGUUACUGAACGUAUUAAUCAAACUAUGCAUUAUCAAUUUGAUGGCAACCCAGAACCUUUAGUUUUUCAUGCACCACAAACAUUCUUUGAGUGUCUACAACAACGUAUAUCUGCUGGCAACAAGAAACGACGUCUACCAAAUUUUACUACUGGUUUUGUGAGGAAAGAUGCUCUACCAUUAGGAACAUUUACUAAAUAUACUUGGCAUAUAACUAACAUAUUACAUGUUAAACAGAUAUUUGAUACACCAGAAAUACCACUAGAUAUAACAAGAAGUUUUAUAGAGAAUAGAGAUGGUUCCUAUGAUUUAUAUGAGGUACCUAGAGUAGAAGUUGAACCAAUGGAUGACUUACUGAAAACCCAAUCUGUUAAAAACCAAACACCUAUACGUCCCUUUGAAAGAAAAACAUUCCUUAGAGUUGGAGCCUCUUCUGUUGAAAGUAAAGAUCCCACACCUUUUAUUAUAGAAUGGAUACCAGACAUUUUACCUAAAUCACGCAUUGGUGAAUUACGUAUCAAAUUUGAAUAUGGACAUCAAAGAAAUGGACAAGUUGAACAAAGAAUCCAAGUACCAUUUCAAGAUAUACCUUUACAGACUAUACAAACUAUUCAUGUUCAGGAAUUAUAG